CUCGAGCGAAAUUGCGGGGCACCGGCUUUUUGAAUCUUUUCGAAGUUGUGCAGCGAAUAAUUUUGAUUAUCUAGCUACUAAGAACUACAAAGAUAAUCAUGCGACUGGCACAACGUUACGGGAUUGCACUGGUUGCGCUGCUUCUGGUUGGGGCGACCGUAUUGUUCUUCUGGUCGGAAAAUAUGAUGAUCUAUGACAACACCCAGUUCAACAGUCCUGUGGAGCUGGUCUGGUGGUCCAGGGAUAUGUCCUGGAAUUACGACGAGCAACGCCAGUGCGGGAUUCAUACUUGCCGCAUCACCAACAAGCGGAGCCGCCGUCCAUUGGCCCGGGGCGUCCUUUUUUACGGCUCAAACAUAAAGACGGGAGACUUUCCCCUGCCUCGGAGCAAGCAGCAAGUCUGGGCCCUGCUGCAUGAAGAAUCACCAAGGAACACCCCUUUUGUGUCAAAUAAAGAGUUCCUUCGCCACUUCCACUUCACAUCCACGUUUAGCCGCUACAGCAACUUGCCGCUGACUACGAUGUACUUGCCCAGUGGCGAGGCGCUCACCUCGAAGGAUUACUACGUUACGUUUGGCGGCAAGUCGAGGUACGGAUACCGUCCAUCCACAUCGGUGGUGUUCCUCCAAAGCGACUGCGACACAAUGUCUGGAAGGGAGGACUACGUAAAGGAACUGAUGAAACAUCUUCCGAUCGAUUCCUACGGCAGCUGCCUGCGGAACAGAGAUCUGCCAGAGAGCUUGCAGAAGGAUUACUUGAAUAAUCUAUAUUCACCGGAGUUGCUUCGUUUCCUGUCCGAAUACAAGUUCAUGAUUGCCAUUGAGAACGCUGCCUGUCCGGAUUAUAUUACCGAAAAGUUUUGGCGUCCUUUGAUAAUGGGAGUAAUUCCAAUUUACUUUGGCUCACCCACCAUAAAAGACUGGGAACCGAAUAAUAAAUCUGCAAUUUUUGUAAACGACUUUCAAAAUCCUCAGGCAUUGGUAAAGUAUCUCAAUAAGUUGGCGGAUAACCAAGAGCUGUACGAUUCGUACCGCCAACACAAACUAAAUCGGCGCAACCCCAUUUCCAACAAAAAGCUGCUCCACAACCUUGUCACGCGCCAGUACCACAUGGGUGAUUCUUCUCCGGAAGCAUCCCUCUUUGAGAAGUUCGAGUGUGCCGUGUGCUACCAUGUAAUCAACACGGCCAGGAACGUGAGGGCCGACUCGCGUCAUUACAACUGUCCCCUGGAACCGGUGUAUGCUAAGAUGGAGGGUCAGAAAAUUCCUCAGAAUGUCGCGGAUUGGCGAGCCGCGAUGGAGGUAGGCCAGUGCCAAGCUAAAAUACUCGAUGAGUUCUUCCGUCGAAACAUCGGCUUCAAUGAUGCUGAGUUCGAUGCUGAGCUCAAUCGGCGGAUUGAGGGAAACAAUUGCAGUAAUAGUUCCAAUACUUAAUUUGAAAAAUACGUUAUGCUGUAAUCAUACAGAUUUUGCCAUGUGAUAAUAAUGAUAAUAAUUUACAAUAAGCUGCCAUUUCUGGUAUUUACAAUGUAAAUACACCUCACACAGGUCUUUAUUUUCCUAUUCAAUUUAAUUGAGAGCUCUUGUACACAGUAUAAGACAAUAGCUCAAUAAAUAUUUUUUUAUA